AUGACUGCAUUAUACGAUUUUAUUUGCAAUUUUCUUCGUAUUGCAUUGCCUGAACAUAUAACCGCAUUUUCAGUAAUUUAUCAGGCAAUGAACGAAGAGCCUUGGAUUGUAAAGGAAAAUUUAAGGCAAAUAUUUCAUCAAGCAAUUACAUCCGUUAUCCCUUCAUAUGCAUCAAAUUCAGAAAAAUAUCAGAAGCUUAUGAGCUUACCCUUAAAGGAAGAAGAAUUACCGGACGAGACUAUCAAAAAUAAUUUGCGAAUAUUGAAAGGGAAUCUUAAAAGAAGCAAAUCUCGAUAUGCCAAAAUUUUGCGGAAGAGUGUAGGUAAGGUUAAAUCCUCAGAUCUUUCAUGGCGUGAUCCACUUGCGAGUCAGGUUCUUAGUAGUGAGAUGGAGAUGGUUAAGCAAUUACCGGAAGAAGAAUACGAAUCUUUCAUGGAACCGGUGAAAUAUAUGCAAGCGUCUCUUCCUAACUCGAUCAAAACAACAUGUGACGAAUUUUUGAUAAACUAUGACGAUGGUUCUACGGAAAUACCACCACAAAAACUUUCGCAUGAAAAUUGGAUAGAGAAAGAAGAGGUUUUAAAAGAUAUUGCGAUUAGAAUACUUAAUACAUUGGGGGAGAUCUGGAAAAACCCAGCCUUUAGUCCUAAAUUCGCUAAAACACAGAGUGAGGGAACAUACGUGGCAGACAUUAUUGUUCCUGUUAUUCGAGCUACAUUAAAAGAUUUGCCAAUCGGAAAAUCCGCAUAUAUUAGCACGGCGGAACGUCAAAGCGUGGCUAGCAAAGACAGAAGAGGAGGGAAAGGAAAGCGCCCAGACAUUAUGUUCAUAGCGAAGCAUAUGGAUAGGAUCUAUGAGUUAGUUUUUGCUGAAUGUUCACGUAUUAUUUGUAGUAAUGUGAAAGAAGAUGAUGAUAAAGUGAAAUUGUGGCGGGAACUUAACGAUGCCUUAUAUUGGACAAAUAGAGGAUGUAAAUUGGAAGAAAAAAAUGAGUUCGGCAUUCUUGGAUUCCAGGUUGCGGGACAAAAAUUCGAUUUAUAUGUUCUUAUUCGUGAUAAAGAAAAUAUUAGCCGUCUUUUUCUUUUAAGAUCAGUUAGUAUUCCAACACAAUAUAUGGAUAACAGGAAAACUAUAUUUGAGUUUAUAGAAGCUUUAUUGUUACUACGAAGAAUCUUGAUCGUAGAUUUAUCUUUGCUAUUUAAUUCCAGAACUCAUGAAAGUGAUGAGAGUAGUUCGACAAUAUCUUCACCUCCAUAUAAUUAA